UCCCCUCCCCCCCCCCUCCCCCUGAGUGUGGAUAAACAUGGUGGCCCACACAGAGAUCCCCGCCCACGUCACUCACGAAAAAUUAGUAAAAACCUCCAAAAAUGUACAAUUCGAGAGCGGGGACACAGGUGCGAAUGGCCCAGGAGACCUUCACGCGCAGGAUAAGUCCCUACACAACAAGAGCACAAGCAGACCAGAGGAAGGUUCGGCAAUGAACAAAAGAGCUUUCCACAAGGAGGAAGAAUGCUCCCUCUUCGUAGCCUUCUUCACCUUCCUCUCGUAUGGUGUCCUCCUGAUGCUGGGCUACAUAAGGGAGUUUUUUGUGCCUGUGACUACCAAGGAGAAGAAUAGGGAGCGUAUGAAAAAGAAUGCAUUUCUCACAACACAAAUAAAGGAUAUAGAGGAGUGUCCGACGUUCACCAACUUCACCAUCUAUCUGUCCUAUGGCGUCCUCUUCUUCGUCGGAUACGUCAAAGAGUUCUUCUACCCACCAUCGACGAAAGAGACAAAUAGAGAGGGAUACGUGCCUCUAUACAUUGGGUUUGAGAGCUUCUACACACGCAAUGUUUACCGACGCAUCCAAGACUGCUGGAACCGGGCCAUCGCCAGCGUUCCCGGGGCUGAGAUCGACCUGCUGGAGCGCUAUACCCCGGACUACGGCUGGACCAUGAAGGUGACCGGCAAGAAGUUAAAGUGCAUCAACGCAGGCUCGUACAAUUACCUGGGCUUUGCGGAGAACAACGGCCCCUGCCACGACACCUCCUGCGAAACCACCAAGGCAGUCGGCAUUACCACCAGCAGCCCGCGCCUCGAACUCGGAACUCUCGAAAUCCACAAAAAAUUGGAGACGCUGGUGACAGAGUUCCUCGGGGUGGAGGACGCCAUCACCUUCGGCAUGGGCUUCGCCACCAACGUGCUCAACCUGCCUUCGCUGCUUGGCCCGGGCUGUCUGGUGCUCUCAGACGAGUUUAACCACGCCUCUCUGAUCCUCGGGCUGCGUCUCUCCGGGGCCACUGUAAAGGUUUUUCAACACAACAAUGCAAACGACCUUGAGAGAAAGCUUCGCGAGGCCCUGAUCCACGGCCACCCCAGGACCCGCCGGCCGUGGAAGAAGGCCAUGAUCGUGGUGGAGGGGAUCUACUCCAUGGAGGGAAGCAUCUGUGACCUUCCCGGCUUCAUCAGAAUCAAGAAGAAGUACAAGACAUACCUCUACGUGGACGAGGCCCACAGCAUAGGAGCCCUGGGGCCACGAGGCGGGGGAGUGGUGGACUACUAUGGCGUGGACCCCAAGGACGUGGACAUCCACAUGGGGACCUUCACUAAGAGCUUCGGUGCUGCUGGAGGGUACAUCGCAGGCUCCAAGGACCUGAUCAACCACCUGAGGGUAUACAGCCAUGCCCAGUCCUAUGCUGCCUCCAUGCCCCCCCCAGUGGCCCAGCAGAUCAUCACCUCCAUGUCUAUCAUUAUGGGCAAGGACGGCACCGGCGAAGGAAAACGGCGGAUAAGUCACCUUGCUAGGAACACACGGUACUUCCGGCGCAAAGUUAAGCAAUUGGGUUACAUUGUGUACGGCAACGAGGACUCACCUGUUGUCCCGGUGAUAUUAUUCCUUCCCGCUACCACUGCGAUGUUCGUGAGGGAGUUGACCAAGCGCGGCGUGGCAGGUGUCGGUGUGGGCUUUCCGGCCACAAAAAUCACCGGUGGACGCAUGAGGUUCUGUCUGUCUGCAGCACACACCAAAGAGAUGCUGGACAAGAUCCUGCAGGAAGUGGACUUUGUGGGGGACAUGUGUUCAUGCAAGUACUCCAAGAUCCCAAAGAGCCUUGAACCCAUUGAGUGGUAGAAGAGGAGGGUCACAUUCUGAGCAGGACACACAUGAGUCUUUGGAGUCCUAUAGGGGAGUCUACAGAGUCCUACAGCAGGGUUUGUGAAGGUCAACAUUUUUCUCUUGGCAGGAUACAUUGAUCAGAGUCCUAGGGCAUCCUUAUCUCAGUCGAACACUCAUGGUCGAGGUCUGUACGAGUCUCACAGUGGAAUUCUCGUAGUCCUGCAGUGCUUUUUCUCCCAGACACAGACAGACAGCAGCACAGAACACCCAUUUACUGCUUCUACUACUGCCCUGUUCUUAGUUCUCUUUUUCUUAUAUGGAUUUCUUCUUUAUUUUUCCUUGAUGAUUUUCUUUGAAAUAUGUAGUCGCAACACCUCCUGGUCACCCUUCACUGCCUCUACCAUUACUCCCCUGUUCUUAGUUCUCUUUCUCUUAUAUGGAUUUCUUCUUUUUUUCCUCGACGUUUUGCUUUGAAACAUGCAGCCGUAACACCACCUGGUCAACCGCCACUGCAGUUCUUUUGCUACCCGCUGGUCUGAUCUCACUGCAGCAGCUUCUUCCCUCUGUGAUGAUGCAAUCCACCCACCAGAAAUAUACAGAAAUGACAUUAUGGAGUAAGUUAACAGAGGAAGGUAUUUAUUUUGCACCUGAUUUGAGUUGUUAUAAUAGCAAAAGAUAUAUUGACACUGGGGGUUGAACUGUAUACCUUCACUUGAUGUUAUGGUAAAAAAAAGACAUUAUGGAGUAUGUUAACAGGAAUGUAUUUAUUUUGGCACCUGAUUUGAGUGGUUAUAAUAGUAGAUAUGUGACAUACUAUUUGCAAUGAUUCUCCAAGACACUCGCCCUCAUGAUUCUUAGUUGGCUUAAGUGGUAGGGCGUGUGUGUGCCCCUGCAUAGCUAUGGGCUGGAGUUUGACACUUAGCUUUUUGUUGUUGUGGGAUGAUAUCAUCCAGCAUGUGCCUUGUUGAGUGGGGAGCUGAUCACCGCCUCACCACACUUACUACACCACUCUGUUAUCUGCCCAGGGUGUGUGUGUGUGUGUGUGUGUGUUGCUAAUCUGUAUAUGCCAACCAACUACACUGACUCACCUUACACCACUGUUAUUUUGAAUCAUGGCACAAUUUCCCACAGUGGAGUUUUUUAUGACCCUCACAUAUGCAUACAAAUUAUCCCUUCAUGAAUACUAAUUGGACCUAUAGCUGCAUACAAAUUGGCACACACACUCACACAGAAACAAACACACACAUCCUGCUCGUAGAUUGUCAAGUGCACACAUUAGCCAAAGAAGGAAAAAAAGGUGUGGGUGGUGAGUUAACAUGUGUUCAUUAGAGUCUGCAAGUGGCUCGCUCCACAGUGAUAUGUUUUCCACUUUGAUGUUAUAAAAGCCUUGUGGUCACUUACUUUUCCUACCUUUUGGGGCCUUCGAGCACAAGCAGGUUUCUCCAACUAGCUUCUAUCAGUCUAUUUUAACAUGGAAACUUAACCUGGGAAGAAUAACUUGUGCUGGAGGGCUCCUGUUAUGCCACGUGCUUGAUUAUUUUCCUACAUUUUUGGGCCUUCGAGCACAAGCAGGUUUCUCCAACUAUCUUCUAUCACUGUAUUUUACCAUGGAAACUUAACCUAGAAAAAAUAACCUGUGCUUGAGGGCUCCUAUGCUUCUCUGUAAACACUUGAAGAGUAUACCUGUUAGCUGAGUACGAGAAAGCCUAUAGUCGUGUGAGGUGUUUUGAUAGAGCUGUUAACCAUAUGUAAUGUUUUAUAUGAAUGGCCGAGUAAGGAAGCGUCACUGUCUCCAUGUUAUCUGUAUAUGAAUUUAGAAAGAAGUGACUGAUUAGAGAAAUGAAAAGAGUGAAGAAAAUUGAAGGAGGGGAUGGAAGGAUGGGAAAUGGAGGAAAAUAAGGAGUUUAGACGAAAUACUGAAGUGAGAGAAGUGCAUGUGAAUUCCAAAGCCAGUGAGAUGUUGAAUUAAAGAAAAAAAGUGAAAAAAAUUGAAGAGGAUGGAAUAAAGAAGUGAAGAUAGACAGCGAGAAGGAAGGAAGAAUGGGAAAUGAGAUGAAACAAGAAGAAAAAAAAAUCUCCUCAUCUUGUGUUAGUGAGAAAUUGAAAGAAACAGAAAGUGAAAGAAAAUGCAGGGAAUGGAAAGAGAAAUGGAAGAAGGGAGACAAAAAUGGAUGGAAAAGUGGAAGGCAAGGAAGAAAGAAUGGGAAAUAGAAGGAAAAGAAAGAAAAGGAAGAUAAAACAAAGGAGGAGAAAGAAACAAAGGAUGGAAGGAAAAGAAAAGGAAAUUAUGAAGAAACAGAGAAAGGAAAACCGUUAUCAUAUAGAUUCAUGUAAAAAUUGGCUCCCUUAAGGUCCUGACUGGCUCUGGGUCACUCAAAAUAUAGAUCGGUAUUUUAAAACACCUUCGCUUCCCACAUCAGCUGUUUCUAAAGGCCAAAGAAGUGGUCAGUGGAGUUUUAAUGAGUGGGUCUUUGGGUUCAGGGUACAGGAGAAGGGUCAAACUACCACCAGCAUCAUAGAACUACUGGAAAUGCCCACAACUCUUACAAAAGCCUUGUCAAAUAUGUCAGAGAGGGGGCCAGUUGGGUUCUAAUGAGUGUUUCUUCAAGUUCAUGGUACAGAAGAAGGGUCAAACUACCACCAGGGUCAUAAAACUACUACUGGAAAUACCCACAACUCUUACGAAAGCCUUGUCAAAUAUGUGUUCUUGGGCGGCUAAGUGUCUUAUAAUAUGAUUCUAUGAUAUAAUAUGAUUCUAUGAUAGUUACAAAUAUAUGUGAAGCAUUUGUACCACCUUGAUUUACCUCUGUGCUAUUCAUGAUUCCUUUGUGCUGUGUACCUUUAAGAAGAAUUAUGUUGGUUCUCCACUUUAUGUAUUACCUUAGUUAUGAUUUACCUCUGUGCUAUUCAUGAUUCCUUUGUGCUGUGUACCUUUAAGAAGAAUUAUGUUGGUUCUCCACUUCAUGUAUUACCUUAGUUAUGAUUUGGACAACACACAGGCCCUGUAACACUACAACUAGGUAAAUACACACACACACACACACACACACACACACACACACACACACACAUGGCCCGGUAGCUCAGGGGUAGAGCGUCUGGCUCACAACCAGAAGGACUGGGGUUCGAUUCCCCGGCCGGGUGAAGAUAAGUUGGGUUUAUCUUCUUUCACGUGUAACCCCUGUUCACCUUGCAGUGAGUAGGUACGCGAUGUCAGGCAAGGAGUUGUGACCUCAUUGUCGCAGUGUGUUGUGUGUGAAUGGUCUCAGUCCUACCCAAAGAUCGGUACUACGAGCUCUGUGCUCUUCCGUAGGGGAAUGGCUGGCUGUCUCGAGAGAGACCCACAGCAGACCAAGAGGUGAAUUACACACACACACACACACACACACAGUUUUGUAUAGUAUUAUGUCACCUGCAGAAAAAUAGUUAAGUUGGGGUUUUCACAGGAAGCCCCAUUUUUCUAUGUUUACAAGUCUAGGGUGAGUUGGUCAAUAGCUACACCCCAUUCAAAUUAGUAUGCAUUUCCGGGUAAAAUCUCUCUGGAAAAUCAAACUUGGCAAAUUCACAUCUAGACAGCUCCUAUAUGCACAUGUUAUGCGCCAACCCUGCUGCCCUUCACAUUAUCAGAGGCAGAAGAUGGUGUAGAAAUGAACUAUUGUCAAACUAAAGACUGCAUAACAAUCUACCAUGACAAUAUAUGGCUUGAUUUUUUUAUACUACAACACCAUUAUUCUGAGACAUUUUUCCCCUCCUAUGAUGAGUGCUAUUGAAUAUACUUGUGCAGAAUCCAAUUAUGUAAGAGUUGACCUCCAAAAAACUCCAGUGUUUGAAUAACCAAUGAAUUUAAUCCCCUACAAAAAUGGUAAUAGUAGUAGUAGUAAUAGUGGUAGUAAUAUCCAUGUAAAACUCUUCCCUUUAUUGAAACAUACCCUGGAAACAAAUCUCAUAAAACCAUUGACACUUGUAUAUAUAGAUCAAUAAUUGGCUUGGGACUUAGGUCAGUAUUUUUCUAUUUCUAAAGGUCAAAGAGGGGGUCAGUCAGGUUCUAAUGAGUGUUUCUUCAGGUUCAGGGUAUAGGAGAAGGGUCAAACUACCACCAGGGCCGUAAAACUACUACUGGAAAUGCCCACAACUCUUACGAAAGCCUUGUCAAAUACGGGGUCAGUUGGGUUCUAAUGAGUGUUUCUUCAGGCUCAGGGUACAGGAGAAGGGUCAAAUUACCACCAGGGCCAUACAACUACUACUGGAAAUGCCCACAACUCUUACGAAAGCCUUGUCAGAUAUGUGUUUUGGGGCGGCGAAAUGUCUUAUGAUGCGACCCUUAGUGUAUGAAUUAUUGACCAACACACCCUGGUGUAAUAUGUUUUUCCAUGCUUGCAUGAAUGUUGAUAAAUGCAUACAUAUUCGCUAUUGCCAUAUAUAUUAUUUUUUUGGCUUUUUACUUGGGAAUUCCGCUGUCUGUCUGUUCCUUAACCCGGUAGCAGCGGGGGUCAUGUUUCUUAAUGGUCCCUCCAAGCAAGAAAAAUGAGAAAAAAUUACCCCUCACACAAACCAUUUUAUAAUUUAUAUCAAAGCAUUUGUGAUCAGAUUAUGUAUCAUCUAUUUUUUUGGGUAAAUAUCAUGGCACAAAUUUGGCCCGUCGCUGAUACACGGUGAAGUCACAAAUUUGGCCCGUUGCUGCUACCGGGUUAAUAUUCUAGUUAGUCACUGAAGCCAGAAGUGUCAAUUGCCUAUUACUAUUAGUAUUUGCUUUCUAUGAGAAUUUAAUAUACGUCUUAGCAUCAGGAAGUACCGCUGUCAUUUUUCUACUAUGAUUACGUCUAUUUAUUAUUGUUAUUUUCUCACCAUUGUCGGAAGCAUUGUUACAUGUUUUGCAAUACACUGUUUUUCUCCAUUAUAUUUUAUGCAUAGAACGAUAGGCAUUAUUUUCAUUAUCAUCAUUAUUAUUAUUUUCCCCGUAAGUCUCCUGAAUAGAUCUCUAAGCUUAGAAAACCAACGCUGGCCUUCUAUGAAUAAAUGGUAAUGAUUAUAUUAUGGGUGUUGUUAGAGCCUCAAGUUACCUAUCGCCUCUAUGUUAAAGUAGUUCUAAGCAGAAGGAUGAAAAUAAUGUGACUUGUGUUGUAGUUAUGUGUGAGAAUAAUCUGUUUUGUAUAUUGUACUCUUAAUAUCCUCAUGCAAUAGGCUGCAAAGACUGUGUGGUGUGCUAAGUCAUGAAGCUACAAUGGGCUUGACUUUAUACAGAGAAAGGGAAUGCUGUGUUAGUAGCACUGAUCAGGGAAUUUGAAUAAGACUAUGUGGUGUGCUAAGUCUUAAACCAAAAUCUGUAAUGGACUUGAGUUUAUACAGAAAGGGAAUGUUGUGUUGAUAGUAUUGAUCAGGGAAUUUGAAUAAGACUAUGUGGUGUGCUAAGUCUUAAACCAAAAUCUGUAAUGGACUUGAGUUUAUACAGAAAGGGAAUGUUGUGUUGAUAGUAUUGAUCAGGGAAUUUGAGAGACUAUGUGGUUUGCAAAGUCUUAAACCAAAAACUGUAAUGGACUUGAGUUUAUACAGAAAGGGAAUGUUGUGUUGAUAGUAUUGAUCAGGGAAUUUGAGGAAGACUAUGUGGUUUGCAAAGUCUUAAACCAAAAACUGUAAUGGACUUGAGUUUAUACAGAAAGGGAAUGUUGUGUUGAUAGUAUUGAUCAGGGAAUUUGAAUAAGACUAUGUGGUUUGCAAAGUCUUAAACCAAAAACUGUAAUGGGCUUGAGUUUAUACAGAAAGGCAACUAAGAUAUACGAAAACUUGUAAAAUCAUACAUACAUUUUCUGCUAAAGGGGUUAAAAAGUGCCGUCAUAAUCACUUCAUUUCUCCGUCAACACGUUUAAAUUGAUUUCCUAUUACUGACUGAUAAUGACGCAGCUAUCCACUUCAUACUGUUAAGAUAGUCGGCAUAGAGGAGCUUUUAUUGGUAUAGGAUGAGCAUUGAGACACUCGGAUAGACAGUCUAGAUAAUAUUGCAAAAUGUAAGGAAGGCACAAAGUCUAUAUUAUUUUUAUGGAGUUACAUGUUACACCCAUUUUUUCUUAGUUUUUCUGUUUGUUCAUCCUUGUAAAGUUUAAUGUUACCGUGUUUGGCGCACAAGUUGUUUUAUGCUCUCCACUCCAUUCCUGUGCACUCUCUCAGUUACUGCCACCCUUCCAGUCUGGCAUUCAAGGUUUAUUUAUGUUUUUUGAAGUCUAAUUAGUAUGAGAAGAAGGUGGCUCCAUUUUACUGCCUUGUGAACGUACCCUCAAACCCACCCUUCCAGUCUGGCAUUCAAGGUUUAUUUAUGUUUUUUGAAGUCUAAUUAGUAUGAGAAGAAGGUGGCUCCAUUUUACUGCCUUGUGAACGUACCCUCAAACCCACCCUUCCAGUCUGGCAUUCAAGGUUUAUUUAUGUUUUUUGAAGUCUUAUUAGUAUGAGAAGAAGGUGGCUCCAUUUUACUGCCUAGCGAACAUGCCCUCAAACCUCCCUCCGAGUCUGGCAUUCAAGAUUUAUUCAGUGUUUUUGAAGUCUAAUCGAUAUGAAAGGGUGGCUUCAUUUUUUCACCUUUCAUGCUUUUGAUGUGACUUCUCCUUUGUCUCUGUCUGUUUCCUAUUCUGUGUGAAGAUAGUCAAGUAAAAUCUCUAUCUCCCCAUCCCUUCAUUUUUUCUCCAAGUCUCUUUAGUAUCAGUAUUUUCCGAGUCCGGCAGAUUGAGAUAUACUGUAUGUACUUCUAAAUCCAGUAAUGCCAGAAGGUUAAUUAAGUAUGGAAUAUACACAGGAUCACAAAAGUAGGUUUAAGUAUUGUAAGUAAUUAAGCAUGUCUCCCUCUGACACUGAAUUACUUAGGAUACUUAAACCUACGUAACUAAACUUCUGGCAGUACAAUCCUAGGGCACAUUUGAUUCUUCCAUUUGCCAAGCUUCCAUUUAUCAGCAUCACAAAUUUCACAUCUCCACACUUUUCUGAAGCACCACCAUACAGACUCAUAUAAAGAACAGUGUCAUGGAUGGGGCGACGUCUUUCCGAGGCCGUGACAUGCUGGAGGAAAUUCACCCCUUUACGUAAAGUCUCCAUCUUCUCCAAGGUUAAAUAUAUGUUUGAGGAGUAAUUUCAACCCUCGGAGAAGUGUUUAUGUGCAUUUCUCCCUCUUCUCCAAGGCAGUGUUUGAUUAAGAAGUAAAUUUAGACCAUGGAAUAAAUAGCAUUCAUGUAAGUCCCAUUAAAUUGGUCUCAUAACUCUAUUCAGAGAGGAGUAAUUUCAACCCUAGAAGUAUGUAUGUGCAUAUCUCCCUCUUCUCCAAGGCAAUGUUUGAUUAAGAAUUGAAUUUAGACCAUAGAAUAAAAUAUCAUUCACUCAAGUCCUAUUGAAUUGGUCUCAUAACUGUUCAGAAAUUUCACUAUUACAAGGGUGUAUACGUAUGGUACUACCGUUUUAUUUUCUGCUGAGUCUUGAUAUGAGUAGUGCACGGCCUUCACGCUAAUGCAAGAACGUAAUGCUUGUCGUUGUCGUAAACCCAAUUUUUAGCCAAGUCUUUGUCACACCUCACGCCUUGUUUUAGUAUUAUUUCAUUUAAAGUUUCCUGACAGUAGGAGCUGAAAUAAUUGUAUUCUCAUAAAUAAAUAACUGAUUUUUCA